UACUAAAGAACCGGGUUCUGUCUUGUCAGUGGAAGCUUUAGAGAAAAAGAUGGAAGAUCCAACGGUGCAAAAGAUGGUCUAUCCCUAUUUGCCUGAAGAGAUGAGGAACCCUGUUACCUUCAAAUGGAUGCUUCAGAAUCCACAAUACCGUCAACAGUUACAAGAAAUGCUAAACAAUAUGGGAGGGAGCACUGAAUGGGACAAUCGGAUGAUGGAUUCCUUGAAAAUUUUCGAUCUUAGCAGUCCAGAUGUCAAGCAACAGUUUGACCAAAUUGGGCUUACACCUGAAGAAGUCAUUUCAAAAAUUAUGGCCAACCCUGAAGUUGCUAUGGCAUAUCAAAAUCCAAGAGUUCAAGCUGCCAUCAUGGAUUGUUCACAGAAUCCUGUGAGUGUAGCUAAAUAUCAAAAUGACAAGGAGUUUAUGGAUGUUUUCAACAAAAUUUCAGAACUCUUCCCCGGGGUGACAGGUUCACCUUGAUUUCCCCACCCCAGUUGCUCGAGGGGGUAUAUGUGCCCUAGUUCCGCAUGACCAUGUGCUGAGGUGCACUUGUCUCUUAAUGACACCGUUUGUUAAAGAAGUGUGCACAUUUCAUAUCAGUUCCGGGUGAUCUGAUGAAGGCGGGUUUCUUCAUUUCCUGAUUGUCCUUGCUUUCAAAAAUGUAUUAACGCACUAAGUCUUGGUUGUGCAGUUGAAUGCAUUGUUCCCUGGUAGCAGUGCUAAAGGUGUGCUGUGUAUCCUCUUUGCUAAUCAAACAGAUGUAUUCAUCUUUACUGUCUUAGGCUGUAAAAAUUUUAUAGAUAUAUUUUUUACUUUAAUCUAUGCUUCAUUCUUUUC